UCCUCUGAUUCUGCGCCAUCCUUCUUCCUCCCCCGUCCGUCUCUUUCUCUCUCGAACCCGCACAUGAAUAAAGAGAGGAGUUUUGGUUUUUCUGGUGAGCAUUCAUUAUUUAUAGGCGUUAUGGAAGAUAUUGGAGUUGAUAUCAGUUCGGAUAUUGAAGUGGAUGAUAUAAGGUGUGAGAAUAUGGCAGAAAAAGAUGUCAGCGAUGAGGAGAUUGAACCAGAAGAAUUGGAAAGGCGGAUGUGGAAGGACCGAAUUAAGCUUAAGAGGCUCAAAGAGAGGCAGAAGAUAGCAGCACAGCAGGCUGCGGAGAAGCAAAAGUCAAAGCAAACGACUGAUCAAGCUAGGCGGAAGAAGAUGUCUAGAGCUCAAGAUGGGAUUUUGAAGUACAUGUUGAAGCUGAUGGAAGUUUGCCAGGCUCGUGGAUUCGUGUAUGGGAUUAUUCCUGAAAAGGGUAAGCCAGUUAGUGGUGCUUCAGAUAAUAUUAGGGCUUGGUGGAAGGAGAAGGUGAAAUUUGAUAAGAAUGGGCCUGCUGCGAUAGAUAAAUAUGAAGCUGAGUGUCGUGUCAAGGUAGAGGGAGUUGGUAAUCAGAAUGGAAACUCACAAAGCAUUCUGCAAGAUUUGCAGGAUGCAACUCUAGGAUCACUAUUGUCAUCUUUAAUGCAGCAUUGUGACCCACCACAGCGGAAAUAUCCUUUGGAGAAGGGUGUUCCACCGCCUUGGUGGCCAUCAGGAAAUGAGGAAUGGUGGAUAAGAUUAGGGCUACCAAAGGGUCAUACCCCUCCUUAUAAGAAGCCACAUGAUUUGAAGAAGAUGUGGAAAGUUGGUGUUCUUACUGCAGUUAUAAAGCAUAUGUCACCUGAUAUAGCCAAAAUCAGGAGGCUUGUACGACAAUCAAAGUGCUUGCAGGAUAAGAUGACUGCUAAGGAAAGCUUGAUUUGGUUGAAUGUUCUUAGCAGAGAGGAAGCCCUCAUGCAGCAGCCAAGCAGUGAGAAUGGUUCAUCUAGUAUUAGUGAGGCACCUUGGAGAGGUCGUGGUCAAAGAAAGAAACCUUCAGUUAGCAGUGACAGUGACUAUGAUGUAGAUGGCACUGAUGGAACUGAUUGUGUCUCAUCUAAAGAUAACAGGAGAAACCAGCAAUUAGAUAUGGCACCAUUAAAGGUUGUUCCUCAGUCUGUUCAAGAAAAAGAACAAAGAGAGGUGCGGCCUAAAAAAAAGAAACGUACAAGAUCAAACAAUGAAAAUAUGCUGGUUUCCCAAUCUGUAAAUGAGCACCGUCACGAUGUGCCAAAAGAUAUGGUGCCUGACAUCAACCACACAGGUGUAGAGUACCCUGGCUACAAGUCAGAAAAUAAUAGAACAACAGCAAUGAGCCCUAUAGAGAAUGAUGCAGAGAGUCAAUCUCAUUUACCUGUAGCUGAACUUAAUCACAUCUCCACUCUUCCAUCUGCCAAUGACAUAGGUGGAGAAAAUACUUUUGCAAGCAACAAGUCCUUACUUCACCAAUCAGCUCAAAAUCUCGAACUUGUACCUUAUGAUUCUGGAUCGCAUCAGGAGGCUCAAGAUUUUCAACUACAUAAUAUACCUGAAUUUUCUGAGUUGCAUGAUGGAGUCCCAAAUUCAGGAGUGCACUAUGGACCUCAAGAUCCUAGUUUUCAGAAUAGGCCCCAAAAUGCUCUUUUGCAACAUGGUCCUCAUCCUUUGCAGCAUGAUCCUCAUCCUCAGAGCACUCCUUUACUACCAGGGGUUCAUAAUUCUGGUAUGCCUCAGGCCCAUCAAUAUCAUUUUUACACCCCACAUGUGGAUAUUGGUCUAAAUCGUGAUGGGCAUCAAUCUGUGGUGGCAUUCAACGAAUUACAGCCUAGGAUAGAGAAUCGUGAAGUUAAUGUACCAAUUAUACAAAGAAUUGGGAAUGAAGUAACAGGUGGAGAUUUUGAUCACUAUUUGAAAGACAGAUUUGAAAAUGAGCAAAAUGCACCUGUUCAGAAUCAUUUCAUACCUCCACUGAAUAGCCUGUCACCUGAUUAUCCUUUCUUAUCAAUGGAUGGUCCACCAUAUGAUGACUACUUGCUUGAUGAUGACUUGAUUGAAUACCUAGCCUCCUAAGCAAGAAACUCUCUUGAUUCAGCUAUUAAAGUAUGACUUUUGGUCUAGAAGUUGGACUUGCUACGAGUAGUACUGUAUGACUGAGUUUAAAGUAUGUAAGUUAUUAAUGUAGUUUCUCCAACUCAGCCAGAAAUCAUACCCCCAACUCAGAGCCAGAAAUCCUACCCCCAAUGACCACCUCCCCAAUUUCCCCUCUCAAAAAAAACUGUGUAGACUCAUCAAAAUGCAAAGACAUUGAAUUGAAUCUUGAAUUUUUUUGGGACUAAAUUUGUUCCAGUUUGUUAGUUUCCAUUGUUUGACUUUUACAAAAUGUUAAAGGUUUCUUUGUUGAUUUUUGUAUAGUAUGACAAAGAGAGGAGUUAAACAGCUCAUUGGUAUUAUUCUUGUGAGUUGUGAAUUCUGGGUACUUUUGUAUAGCUAAUUGUUACUUUGAGUUUAAGAUGGACGUUGUACAUUAAGUGGAAUAUGGAAUUUGAAGGGUAUGAAUUUGUUGGAAA